UGACCAGUCGGUGGUAUGUGAGGCAAGCAACGACGAUGGGACAGCCACGACACAGGCCAGGCUUACUGUCACUCAAGCUGACAGUCUUCCAGCGGGCUACCCCGAGAUCACGUCCAACCCGCGACGUUACAUGGUGGUGGAGAACAACCGACCGGCGACCAUCUACUGCGGAGCCACCGGCAACCCUGAGCCUGAGAUCCUGUGGUUCAAGGAAUUUGUACCCAUCGAAGCUAAUGACAGGAUCUCCAUGACGGAUUCGGGUCUUCAGUUUUCCAGAGCUCAGCUGUCUGACCAGGGUCGCUAUGAGUGUGCCGCCAAGAACUCUCUGGGAACACGCUACUCCGUGGAGGCUCAAGUCUAUGUCAAAGAUCGUCAAGUGGAGCCUCGCUUUACCAUCCUGCCUGAGAACCAGGAGGUGGUACCCGGAGGCAGCGUCAACCUGACCUGUGCUGCCUACGGCUCCCCGAUGCCUAGGGUACGGUGGAUGAAAGCUGGUAUGGACCUGGACGACAUGGACGAUCUCCCCAUCGGGCGCAAUGUCCUGCAGCUGAGGGACAUCUACGAGUCGGCCAACUACACCUGUGUGGCAACGAGCUUGCUGGGGACCAUAGACACCUCGGCUAGAGUCACCGUGAGAACACGCCCCAGCGUACCCAACUCACCCGUGGUGACCGGCUACACCUCCUCCUCCCUGACCGUGGAGUGGAGCACCCUGUCCAGCGACACGGUCACCUCCCACGUCCUGGAGUACAAGCGCAGCCGAUCUGGCGGCUCCUUCACCGAGAUGGAGAUACCUUCCCCGCAGGACACGUCCUUUACCAUAGAGGGCCUGCUGCCGUACACGGAGUACGCCGUCCGCCUACUGGCGGUCAACUCAAUCGGGAGGAGCAACCCGAGCGAUGAAGUCACUGCCAUGACAGGAGAAGAUGUGCCUGGUUCUUCGCCCAUAGAAGUCCGGGCGCGCCCUCUGAGCGGCAGCACCAUCAUCGUCCAGUGGAGCGCCCCCACCACGCCCAACGGGGUCCUCAAGGGGUACAACGUCUUCUACACCACCAACCCCAACAGCGAUCCCGAGUCGUGGUUCCACGUCUCGGUGGACGCUAGCCGGUCCUUGACCACCAUCAGUGACCUGGUGACCAUGCAGAUCUACUCGGUCAGCGUGUCGGCCUUCACCGUUAAGGGAGAGGGACCAUCCUCGUCACCCAUUCAAGUCAAGACACAGCAAGGAGUGCCAAGCCAGCCAGAGCAGUUUGAAGGCGUGGCCAUAUCUGCCUCCCAGAUCCGUCUGACGUGGAUGAUGCGCGAUACGGAGCCCCAGAUCAUCCGCUACGAGCUCUACUACAAUGUCUCCACCAAUGACAAUGACAUGCACAAGACCAUCACCCCCACCACCGACUACGUCCUGGACAACCUCCGACCCAACACCCUCUACCACAUCCGCCUGGCUGCCCGCUCUGAGACAGGCGAGGGCGCCAGCAGUCCAGUCAUCACCGUCCGAACGCAGCAAUCAGCCCCUGGUGCCCCGCCCCAGGAGGUGAGUGGUACGGUGCUGAGCUCCACCAGCAUAGAGGUGCGGUGGAGCCCCCCUCCCCUGGAGGACCAGAACGGCGACAUCACCGGCUACAAGAUCAUCUACCGCAAGAUGUCCCUGGUGAGCACAAACAACCCGGAGAUGAACGUCCCGGUGGAGGCGGACGUGAGGUCGUACGUCCUGGAAGCCCUGCGCAAGUACACGCUCUACGAUAUCAGAGUGGCGGCGUGCACAGCCAUCGGGGAUGGUCCGCCUUCCGAUUCUUUAUCCAUCCGUACCGCGGAGGAUGCACCUGAGGGUCCUCCCAGGAAGGUCCGAGUCCGUGUCCACAACUCAACGACGAUCAGGGUCCAGUGGCAGGCUCCAGAUCCAGACCUCCAGAAUGGCGAGAUCCGCGGAUACCGCAUCGAUUACCAGACUGUGACGGAGGAAGGCGAUCCUGUCGGGUCACCGCAGGUCCUCUUUAUCAACCAACCAGACCUAAGGGAUGAUAUCGAGGAUCAGGUGGCUGUACUGAGUGAUCUCCUGCCCAAAACGUUCUAUUCCAUCGAGAUAGCUGCUUUCACUGUCCGUGGGGAUGGCAUUCGAAGCACCACCGAGAUCCAGCAAACUCCUGGAGAAGUUCCCACUACCCCAGUGGCCUUCCGCGUGGAGAACAAUCUGGACGACACCUACACGGCCACCUGGUCACCACCGGUCGAAACCCAUGGUGACCUGGUGACCUACAGGCUGAGCUACGGUCCAGAGAGUGGACGUCCACUCUACUUGGACCUCAGGCCGAGCGAGUUCCAGUCCUACACGUUCGAUGAUCUCAGACUGGGUACCAGAUACGAGUUUAAGCUGACAGCAUCCAAUGAAGAGGGAAACAGCAAUGAAGCUAUCUUCUACUAUACAACACAUGAAGGAACACCCUCUGGCUCCCCGAUGAACGUGACAGCCUCGCCCCUCUCCAGCAGCUCCAUCAGCGUCUCCUGGGACCCGCCCCUUGAGGAGGAGCGCAACGGCCUCAUCCUCAAGUACACCAUCCGCUACUACUCCUCGGCCAUGCCCACCGAGCUGACCAACCGGACCACGGAGACGGACAUCGUACUGACCAGUCUGGUCCCCAAUACGGCCUAUUCCGUGGAGGUCAGGGCUCACACCAGCGUCGGGCCGGGUCCCUACAGUACCAAGGAUAUCGCAACGACGCCAAGAGAAGCUCCAGCAAGUGCCCCUCUGGACCUGCGCUGUGCCGCACCCCACGGCACCCAGCUCGAGGUCAAAUGGAGCCACCCCAGCAACAUCCAACGCUCAGGCCCCGGCUACAACUACCUCGUCUACAGCACCAACAGCGCGGACAACACAGACGUGAGCACGUGGGGGCGCCCUGUCUCGGCGGGGGAGUUCACCAAGCUGGAGCUGCGGGGUCUGCAGGAGGAGACCACCUACUACGUGGCCGUCAAGCUGGACACGCCCGAGGGGAAUUCCCCCCUGUCUCAGAUCAUCACAUGUCUCACAGGAACAUCAGCCCCGUCGGAACCCAGAUCGUUUGAUGCCCACAUUGCGUCUGAUAACACCAUCAAUCUGGUCUGGUCCGAGCCCAGUGAUAUCCCAGGCAGGCUCAAGGACUACGUGAUCAAGUACCAUACGAGCGACGACUUCAGGAGGGAGUACCCCGACUAUUACGACGGCGGCGGAGAGAUUGAGAUCCUUGCCUCGGAGCAACGUGUCUCCUUGAGUGGCCAGCUCUUCAAGCCUAACAUGGAGUAUGAAUUCAACAUCACGGCCAGGACGGAGGCCAUCAGGGGACCGCCGGCUAGCAUCCUCGUCAGGACAAGAAUACAAGCCCUGGAGCAUAUACCAAAGCCCACCAUACAGAACAGUACCAUGAAUGGACAGAGUAUCAAGAUAGCGCUGCCCACGAUCACUCAGAAUGCUGCCCUCUUGGACUACCUGUACGUCAUCGUCAUCGGGCUGAGAAACAAAAACGGCGAGCCCGUGGCCCUGACCAUCAGCCCCAACGACAUCAAGACGGAAGACCUCGAGAUCCAGUCCCGCGGCAGGAGGAGCGCGCAACACCCCCGUAGCCGCAGGGCCGCCACGGGCCAAGACACAGAGCCGUACAUCGCAGCCAAGCUGAACGGGGAGGAGAUGCCCGCGUCGUUUGUGAUUGGGGACGGCAGCGAGGUGAAUGGGUAUAGGAAUAAACCUCUCAAAGAGGGCGAAUACUACACCCUCUUCACCAGAGCAGUCAUUCUCAGUGAGAAUGGGACCAAGCUUGAAACCUCCAGUCCGUUUGCUGCCCCCAUCAAAGCAGAGCAGCCCGUCGCUGGUCCUCAGGUCACACCCAAAUCAGACAACCUCAUGAUCAUCAUUGCUGCGGCCGUCGGUGGCGUGGUCAUCCUCCUCCUCGUUGUCCUCAUCAUCUUCUUUGUUCUCAGGAGACGACGGGAACCCCGGCCUCCGAGUGCAAACAAGAGAAAGGAUAACACAGAGAGCAACCUGGCAGACCCUGUAGAGAUGAGGAGACUCAACUACCAGACCCCAGCAAUGAUGUCCCAUCCUCCCAUCCCAGUCUCCCAGUUCCAAGAGCACAUCGAGAGGUUAAAGGGCAACGAUGCCAUGCUUUUCUCACAAGAAUAUGAGUCGAUAGAGCCAGGCCAGCAGUUCACCUGGGACCACUCCAACCUGGAGACGAACAAGCCCAAGAACCGCUACGCCAACGUCAUCGCCUACGACCACUCCCGCGUCAUCCUCUCCCCCAUGGAGGGGUUGCCGGGCAGCGACUACACCAACGCCAACUACUGCGACGGCUACCGCAAGCAAAACGCCUACAUCGCCACCCAGGGGCCGCUCCUGGAGACGAUGGCAGACUUCUGGAGGAUGGUCUGGGAGCAGAGGACCAAUACCAUUGUCAUGAUGACCAAGUUGGAGGAGAGAAAUAGGGUGAAAUGUGACCAAUACUGGCCGACUAGAGACCAAGAGAAGUAUGGUUUUAUACAGGUCACCCUAUUAGAUACUACAGAGCUAGCUACGUAUACUGUCAGAUCAUUUGCCUUGGUUAAUCUCAAGAACCGUUCAAUGGAGAAGAGAGAAGUGAAGCAGUUCCAGUUCACAGCCUGGCCGGACCAUGGAGUUCCAGAGCACGCCACAUCAGUCCUAGCCUUCAUCAGUAGAGUCAAGUCCUGCAACCCACCAGACGCAGGACCCAUCGUAGUACAUUGCAGUGCCGGUGUCGGGCGGACCGGGGCCUACAUCGUCAUCGACUCCAUGCUGGAGCGCAUCAAGCACGAGAAGACGGUCGACAUCUACGGUCACGUGACCUGCCUGCGUGCCCAGCGUAACUACAUGGUGCAGACGGAGGAGCAGUACAUCUUCAUCCACGAGGCCUUGUACGAGGCGGUGGCCAGCGGGACCACGGAGGUCCACGCACGCAACCUCUACGGCCACAUCCAGAAGCUGACGGCCCUGGAGCCUGGAGAGACCAUCACCGGCAUGGAAAAUGAAUUCAAGAGGUUGGCAAGCCAGAAAGCCCAGCCGUCACGGUUCGUCAGUGCCAAUAUUCCUGCAAAUAAAUUCAAGAACAGACUGCUCAACAUCCAGCCAUAUGAGGGUAACCGUGUUUGUCUUCAGCCAAUCCGAGGAGUCGAAGGAUCAGACUACAUCAAUGCAAGUCAUAUUGACGGUUACAGACAGAGGAAUGCCUACAUCGCCACCCAGGGACCUCUGGCUGAGACAACGGAAGACUUCUGGAGGAUGCUCUGGGAGCAGAACUCUACCAUCAUCGUCAUGCUCUCCAAACUCAGAGAGAUGGGAAGGGAGAAAUGUCAUCAGUACUGGCCAGCUGAGAGGUCGGCUCGUUAUCAGUACUUUGUGGUCGAUCCCAUGUCCGAAUACAACAUGCCACAGUACAUCCUGAGAGAGUUCAAGGUUACAGAUGCAAGGGAUGGGCAGUCGAGAACAAUCCGACAGUUCCAGUUCACAGACUGGCCAGAGCAAGGCGUGCCCAAGUCCGGAGAAGGCUUCAUCGAUUUCAUCGGUCAGGUUCACAAAACCAAGGAGCAGUUCGGACAAGAAGGACCAAUAUCAGUGCACUGCAGUGCUGGAGUGGGAAGGAGAGUCUUCAUCACCCUCAGCGUGGUACUGGAGAGGAUGCGAUACGAGGGGAUCGUUGACAUGUUCCAGACCGUUAAGAUGCUCAGAACCCAGAGGCCUGCUAUGGUACAAACAGAGGAUCAGUAUCAGUUCUGCUACCAUGCUGCAUUGGAGUAUCUGGGCUCCUUUGAUCACUACACAUAGACUCCUUCCCAGCCUCUUCCUUGGAGCACCUAUCUAGCAACAGUACUCCAAAGACAAUGAAAUAGUAGAGAAGUACUAACUGUACAACUGGGGCUCAAGUCUAUAUCUUGCACUCGGACAAAAAGAGAGUGAUAAAAUUGGAAUCUCCACUUUCAAGGAACUUGAGCAAAGUGGACUUUUUUUUACAGCGAUAUUGUCUUCUGCCCCAGGGUUGGUAUGUAGUGGACAGCGUAUAAAUUUCUCGAGAACGACAAACGGCAAACGGGAGUCCUCCGUGGAUUCAAUCACACAUCCUUCCAAUAAUGGAUCGUCACAAGACCUGGUAGAAAGGACCUUAUCUAUGCAUACACUUCAGCCCAGGCAGAGCGCAGAAGGGUUGUAGCAAUAUGAACUUGUACUUCAAACUAGUCUAGACACUGAAUGAACGGCAGAGACGAACUUAGCUUGGAGUACCUAGUAUUGUAUCACCAGAAAUGUUACAACAGAAAUGUUAACGCGGUAAUGCGACGCUUUACAGAGGAACUGAGACGUCCUGAAGUUAUCCUGCAAAGCUAUUUGUAUUCAGCCAUGCCGCUCACUUCCUUAGUCAUCACUUUCGUUUUGUUUAUUUUAAAUAUUGUUUCACAAAUGGAGAACAGUUGUGUCUGUCCGUAUGUAUGGAGAGCAUAGAAUUGACUGAUAUUUUUGCUAGAGUUUUCGCCAAGCAUUGACAGUAAGCGAACCGAGCAGGAAUGCAUCUACUACUGCAGAAAUGUGACUUGAGCAUUUUGAUUACAAUAGAAGGAAUGCACUGAUGUUAGAAAGAGGGUCAUCUCUGUAUCCAUGACGACAUGGAUGCUAUUAUGAGUGGAUUUCAUUUGAAUAUGGAACAAGCAAGCUAUUUUUUUGUAACGGACUCGAUGGCAAGAAGAGAGAAAAGGGGGCUGUGGAUGAUGACAACACCAAUUUCUGCUUCGAUUCGGCCGACUUUCUGCAUCAUGAUGCUUAUUAUCAUGAAGAAACAAGUAGAGUACUAGAUGAUUUGGUAUAUCACAAGGUUUUGUCUAGGUAUUAAUGAUUGUUGUCACUUUCAAUCAAUCACGUAGUGUACAUUGGAUUUUGACAAUCAACAAUUGAGACGAAAUGAAACGAGUAGAUUUGUGUUUGUACAUAGUUUUUAGAUGUUCAGAUUCUUACCUCAGAGUUCAAUACCACGUUCUUGGUUUAACCAGCUCAAAAUCACUGAUUAUAAAGCAAAUAACUUCAAAUCUAAACACACGAAUUGGCAACACAAAGGCUUGUUAUCGGUCCCAUCCACCAGUUUGUAAGGACACUUACUUAGCUUGAAUCCAAUCGUAUAAUUAGAAAACACAGGACUGAAAUUGUUGAUUAAUUAUGGGAUUCCAACAAACAUGAUUAGCAUGUGUAAUUGAUGUGAUACUAAAACCUCUAACAGACAUGGUUUGUGAGUUUUAAUUUCUAGCAUAGAGUACUAAACCAGUACUGCAUUAUACAUACUAGUACAGUACUCCAGCACAAUAAGUAACUUGUACAUUUGAAAUGAGAAAGGAUGAUAGUGCGAGUGCAAGUCAUAAGGUUGUCUGCCUAUGGAGCUGCAGCAAAAAUGUACAAACAAAAAUGUACCAAAAUAAGUUAUUUUCGAGAAAAACAAAAUAUAUAUAUAUUUGAACAUGUUUUUUUACGCCACUUGAAAGUGAAAUUCAUUAGUUUUCAGCUGUUUAUUCUUUGAAUAUGAGCUCAAAUCGUCCAGUUCUCGCAAACAAUUUUUUUCUUUCGUUUCUUUGUUGGCUUGUUUAAAAAAGGCUUUCAUAUGCAUCUUCCAAUGGAUUAAAAAGCCUUAUCGGAUAUGCCAGACCACCUCAAAUCUGUGAGAAGUGAAUACUUGAGGAAUUAUCGCUAAUUUGGCAGCUUGUAUUAUAUAAUUUGCAACAAAAACAAAAAGAGGAGAAAGAAACAAUUUGUCUUGUACAGAGCAAUCAUUUUAGCAGUACGAUUUUGAUUUGAAUUUGAUAUUUUUAUGUGCUGAAUUGAGUAAAGUACUUAAGUUAAGAGAUAUGUACUAUAUAGCCAAUUGCAUCAGAAUGUGUAUGUUAUGUUUUUCUUCAAAUGCUGUGUGUAAACUACUAGCUGCAGUAUUAUAUUCAUUUUUAUUAUCCAUUCAGUACAGUCGCUUCUAAGGUACACAUUUGUUGAUACUGCCAUCAUUCUACAUGUAUUCGUAAAAUCAUUCUGUUGCUUCCCACCUCAUGUUCCAUUGAUAUUGCUGCUUCCCUAAAAUCUAUUUUCCUUCUCUCUCUCUCUCUCUCUCUCUCUUUCCCUCCCUCUCCCUCUCUCUCUCUCUCUCUCUCUCUCUUUCUCUCUCAACUUCACCCCUCGUUCCCUUUUCUCUCUUUUCUCUCUGUCAUUAUAAGAGUUGAGGUUCCAGAGAUGUUUAUUUCCGAAUCAAUGUUUGUAUAAUUAUGUAAGUUAUCCUUUGAAUAGUUUUUAAUGCCAUAUAUGGAGAAAUAUUAAAGUUAGUAAGACCAAAGUUGUGUUUUUUUAAUCUCUUGAAAUUUUUGUCCAUUGAACCAAAAAACAGAUUAAAAAUACUUACUCCCAAACUCGAAAGAAUAAUGUUUCAUCAACACUGCUUUUAUCCUUUCUCUAUGGCAUGAUUUUAUAUUUCAUUGAUGUUUACUUUAUAUUCAGGUUUUAACUGUUCAGGAGUACUCCCCCCCCCCCCUUUUUUUUUUAUAGCGAUUAUCACUUUGAUGAUGAUAUUUUUAUUAGCUUGUUGCAAUUGAAAACCAUUUUAUCAUACUAUGACAUUAUGGUAUAAUGUCCAAGAAAAAGAAAAUUAUGUUUGUUGACAUCAGUAACUAAUUCAUAUUUUCUUUAAAUUUUUAGCCAUGAUUGUAUUGUUUUUUUUAUUACAGGAAGAUCAUUUUAAUUCAGUGUGCUCUCGUUUGCCUGACUAGAUGUUCAUUGUCUCAUUUGCUGAAAGUUCCUUCAAAUUUGAAGAUUUAAUUUUAAGACUUUCAACAAUUUUUAACUAUUCUUGUUAAAAAUUUAGCCCAUGAACAUGCCUGCCUUGUUUCACAGGUCAUGAAAAUAUUACUUUUAAUAAUUGCAAGAACAAAUAUUGAAUGUUUUUCUUAAUGUAUUUCUUUAUCACCAGGAACAGAUGAUUUUGUUGAUUCAAAACCUUAAAACAAUGUUACGCUUUUCAAUUACAUUGUAUUUUUACAUACACUUACUUCUUCUGAAUAAUGUUUUGUAGUUACGUAUUACUCUAUGUACAUGUAGAAAAUAAAUUUGUUUUUCCUUUAUCAUCAUAUUUAAAAACAAAAUUUAUUCUUUUGAUCUUCACUUUUGGUGCUUUUGAAAGAAUGUGGGAAGAAAAAGAACAGAUGCUCAUUUUUGAAAUCCUGUAUUCAGGUUAAACUUUUUAAAAACCAGCAUCUUAGUGUAUUCACAGUUUUUGUUUAUCAUAUUGAUAAAGUGCUUUUGACGAUUUGAUGUAUUUUAGUGUAAAUAUAAGUAGAUAUGCUGGAUUUAAUGUAUAGUGUAAAUCUAUGUUUGGAAUUCUGUUGUGUUAACUUGAGGUGGACCAUUUGUGUUGUAAAAUUCUUUUAAUUCCCCUCUCAAAGCUCGGUUUCUUUUCCUUUUUAGGGUUUCUUCUUACCUUGCUUUUUAAGAUAAAAUACAUAUUAAGAAAAGAAUCCAUAAUUGUAUGUCCUCCUGUUGUGUAAUUUAUAUAUUGCUUCUUUAUCAUUAUCUUCCUUUAGCUUGCAAAGCAUUUGAAAUUGUAAUAUUUUUUGGAAGAAAGGUAAAAGAUAAACUUAAGCAAACAAAUUACUUGGUAUAUGAUAAAAGUAGCAAAGUUAAAGAUAUGUUUUUUAUACAAACAAUUUGGAGAAGAGAAAAAAGAAUCCUUCUCUAUUUCAACGAUAUAAAUGCUACCCAAUUUCCAAGCAUUUUUAAAUUGGAAAAAUAUUUCUGGAAUUUAAAAAAAAUAGAUAUACAUCAUUUUUGUCUUUUAUUUGAGGUAUUUUCAACGAUCACUCACAAAACUAGAUGAUGCAGUUACAGGAAUGAUUCGAUUGCAAGACUGUGCCAUGUAUCAUGUACCAUGAGCCAUAUUAUUUAGCAUAGAGGUAAUGACUUUGUGGCUCUUAGGGGAUGAUAUCACCUGUGUGGAGCGAGGAGGGCGUUAACUCAUAUGCUUUAAAGCCCCACUGUCCUACUUGUAGCUACUUGCUCCCUCUAUAUAGAAAACUUCCCCAAUCGGUGCCUGUUGGUCCCCCAUGAUCCUCUUUUUCUUAUGUUAAAUGAGAGCUGAGUUAAUGAGAUAGCCACAUGUCACAGUGACCUCGCUGACUCGCUGGGUGGUCUAAUCCCUUCUAGCUAAAGUAGUAAAGCCUGCCUUUAAACACAAAGAUGUGGUUUUUACUAGGCAAUAUGAUAUGUUUUCAUUUGAGGGGUGUGUGUGUGUAAUUGGGUUUUUACAGACGUGUAUCAAUCAGAUAUGAUUAUUUAUGUCUCGGGACCGACCUUUAACGUCACCAUCCGAAAGAUGUUAUUGGAGGGGCCAACCUCCAGCACCUUUUUAUCAACACGGUCAUUGUUUUCAUAGCGCUUAGAGACUUCAGUGGCAAGCGCUUUAUAAGCACCAUUUUCAUUAUUAUUAGAAGUAGUAGUAUGUUUAUUAAGUCCAGAAAACUUGGACCCCCAAAUUUGAAACCUUCACAUCGCUCAGUGCUUAUGCCGCACCGUACAGCUUGCAUAUGACUCGAUUACUAUCAGAAUCCCCCUUGUCAAAGCAAUAAUCAUAAUGAUAUAUCAUCAUGCAAUAUUUUGCAUAUGUGGCAUAUCUGUGAGAUAUUUGUUGAUGUCUGUAAUAUACUAGCCAAAGUAUAUCCAUAUUCUUCCCUCAUCUUCUUUUGAUUUUCUUCCUUUUUAAAUUCAACAUCCGCACAACUCAUUUGAUUCUUCUCUCUUGUGAUAGUAUUGCACUUUAAAAUUCAUGAUUUAAUUCUUGGUUUGUAAUGAUAUGACAUGUGUGUUAGUGAGUCUCCUCUCAUAAUCUUAGAACAGAUAUUUACUGCAUUGUUAUUGUUCUGUAUUUCAUAGAGAUCAAUUUCUGUUAUCAUUACCCCCCCCCCCCCCUUUUAAAUAUUGACUCAUUAAUGAGUCAGAUUUCUUUUUUCUUUUUUUCUGUGUUACAAUGUGAAUAGACUUUGCCAUACACUGUUAUCAUAAGAGAUGUAAAUUUUGGUAUUCAUGUAUAAUGAAGAAGAAAAAACAUAAAGUCAAAUAUCUGUAACUAUAGGAAAGGAAGGGAAAUAUUUUGCCAGCUUUUGUAUAAAAAAUACUCAAACAAGAAUUCUUCCUGAUCUUUUGUGCAUAGCUUGUAUGUGUUAAGUUAAGGUUAAGUUUACAGUUUCAAUACAUGUAUACAAGUAAUGUAUAUAUGCUUUAAGUUCAUUUAUAAACAAAAGUUCAUGUAUUUCUCUUAAGGCAGUAAGUUUCUAUCUUGUUUAUUUUAAGUGAUUCAUAUGUCUGUUACAAGCAUUAAUAAACAAUUUCUUACAUAUAA